AUGCUCGCAUCGAUGACGAUGACGGCGACGACCGCCUCGGCGGCGUCUGCGCGCGCGCGAUUGAGCUCCAAGGCGAGCGCCGAGCGCGUCGGGACGAAGGUUUCUUCGCUCAUUCGUGCGAACAAACGUGACGUUCGAUGCGAAGUGACCGCGGAGAGCUCGAUCAACCAAAUCGGGUUCGCCACGCCCCCGUCGACUGGCGCCGCGCCGAAGUGGGACGCCAUCAUCGAGGUGGGCGGCUCGCAACAGUUCGUUUCCGAGGGUCGAUACUACGAGUGCCACAGCCUUAAAGGCGUCGAACCGGGCUCGAAGAUCGCGUUCGAGCGCGUUCUCGGCACGCACGAUGGCAACGCUCCGACGUGGGGUCACCCGUACGUGUCGGGCGCGCGCGUCGAGGCGACGGUGUUGGAGAACUACGACGACAAGAAGGUCAUCGUCUUCAAAUACAGACCGAAGAAGCACUAUCGCAGAAAGAACGGUCACCGCCAAGCGAUGACGCGAUUCCUCGUCACCAAGGUGGUCAAGGCGUAA